CUGAAGACUUGACGACAAAUGAGGCCGGAGUGGGCCGAGGCAUGUCAUGGCGAUCUGCACAGUUUGUUGAUACUGCGACUGAUCCAGUUUUUGCAAGUUCAGAUUAGGGUGGCAUAAUGAACGCGGGCGUCAGUUGUGCGGCCGUAAUGAACGCGGCGUCUGGUGUGCAAUGGUGUGUAUGUAGUCCUUGCUUUUCUUAUUAUUACUAUUGUGAAAAGUAAAAAUUGUUUUAAAAAUUUUAUUUUUAAAAAAUAGGAAAAUUUCGUGUAAUUUAAGUACCAUUUCAUGAUAUUUUUUUUAAACGGCCCCUUGAGGUGGUACCAGAAAGUAGAAAGUAGAAACUCACUGUGAUUUAUAAUUAUUGUAUGACGUACGUAGGGUUAGUCCUGUGCUAUAUUUACGGCUAGUGAUUUAGGUACGUAUACAAUCUGCUAUUGUUGUAGAUACGCUUAACAUAUGCUUAAUUUAAUGGAUAUGUAUGAUAUGUUUGUUUAUAAAAGUGGGAAUAUCAUACACUACAGCAUAAGUUUAGUAUAAAGUAGUUAUUAGAUAGUGGAGUUGGUGCGCUCUUCAAGUUUCCCUGGUUACUGAGGGUGUUGUUGAUAAAGCUCAUGAUGUUGUAGUUGAUAAUUUCGUUGAUAAUAUUGAUUAAGUGGUUGAAGCUUUUUUUUUUUUUAAAAUAUUUUUAUACCGUUGAAUUUUCUGUUGGUGUUGAUGAUGCCAGUGGGUGGUGGUGUUGAUGAUGCCAGUGUGUGGUGGUGUUGAUGAUGUUUGAUGUCUGUUUGAUGCCGCUGACGCUACCGUCGGUGAGGUUUUCCAUGAUAUCGUGUUAGUCUACAGCCGCCACGGUGGUGCGGCUCUGUUUUCAACAUCGGUCCGCCUGGCCGUCUAAACAGCACAAUCGCAGACUGUUCGAAUUCCAGAUAGGUGCUUGUACAAAGUCAAUCAGCCGUGACGAGGCACGUAAGUGAAACGUCUCCAUUGUGGUACCGUAGGUUAGGCCGCAGGUCAGCGGUCCUCACAUUUUCUGAUCAAACUAAUAGGAUCAGUGUGGGGGGGGGGUUCUUUUUAUAAGUUAAGAAAUGUAAAUCUUGACAACUGAGACCCCGUGUUUGUCAACGUGUGCUGUUUCAAACAUCGCUAGAGGGUUCCAUUUAUUCAAACACGCUUUCAGAGAAGGUUCCAUCGGUCAAAGUUUAGCGACCCCCCCCCCCGAUCUCAAUCAACACAUCUUCAAGUGUGUAAACUGCUCUCUUGUUUUCAAUGAGUGACGUACUUAAAACGGUCUUCAAACGGUCUUUCGGGUUUUACUGCUUUGAUAGUGUUUAACAGUGAUAGACAUCUUAGUGUUUCAAGGGCAGUUCGGGACCAAGCAAGCAAGGAAUCUCAACGCCUAAUAUGUUGCAUGUUGACAGCGAUGCAUUUACAAAUACGUCCUUAGAUAUUCUAAAAAACUAAUUGGUCGUUCGGUGACCAUGUGUUAUGUUGAGUCCCUGUAGCAUCCCCCCUGCCUUAAGCACACACUCCACGGUGUGACAAAUACAAGAAAUCUAAACCGACUGUUAUUGUAAUAACAUACGCGUUAUAUUCUAUAACGUAUAGACGACCGAGUAUUCGUUUGUGGACAUUUUUCUGGGGGGCCAGAGGCGGAAAUAGGGAAGUUGCUCUUCGGAAGGCGUAUGGUAUUGAUGAGGUUUUUACUUGACUUGAGUUUGCUGUUGGUCUUGGCUUGACUGUUUCGUUGAUCGUCAUGGCAACUGUAAGCCGUGCAUGCGUGUAAGCGUUUUUUGGGGAAAAAGGUAAAUGUUAAUCAGAAUUGGUGUGUAUUUCAUUAUAUUUUUAAUGUAACUGUUUCAUGUACAGAAUCACGAAGCCAGACUGGCAAGGAAGAUGACAGCUACCCCUACUAUGGCCAGAUUUCCCCAGAUUGGCCGUCAAAAUGUCAACUUUGUAAGAAAGCAAAGACCGCACAGGGAUGUCGUGCGACAAAGCCUGCCCCACAUCGGUAGUUGUUAUAAUUUUUAUACUCUUUAAAAAUAGAUUUCUAUAACACGGACUCAUUUGUGGUAUGCCUAAAUAAUUUUAAAAGCAGUAUCUGAAGUUUAAAAAAAAAAAAAAAUAUUUACAAAUUUUGUAAACCUUGAUUCGUUGUUCCCUACCCUAAAAAAACCAGGUAAAUACGUCAUAGACACUCCAAGAGAUGAGUUUCUGGACUGGAGACAGCAGUACUUUCGGUAUCAUGAGUCUAACAGGGGCGUCCUGCGCAGAAAGGUGAGGUGAACGUAAGAUAGUGAUGGGAGGUUCUAGGGGCGUACUUUUCUCUGGGGCAUGAAGUUUGCUAGUGGGGUGUUACGGGAACGCACAACUCACUGGGAGUCGGAGUGUGCUAGUGGGGUGAUACAGAGACGCACCACUCACUGGGAGUCGGAGUGUUCUUGUGGGGUGAUACAGGAACGCACUACUCACUGGGUGUUGGAGUGUGCUAGUGGGGUGAUACAGAGACGCACCACUCAUUGGGAGUUGGAGUGUGCUAGUGGGGUGAUACAGAGACGCACUACUCACUGGGAGUUGGAGUGUGCUAGUGGGGUGAUACAGAGACGCACCUCUCACUGAGAUUUGGAGUGUGCUAGUGGGGUGAUACAGAGACGCACUACUCACUGAGAGUUGGAGUGUGCUAGUGGGGUGAUACAGAGACGCACCACUCACUGGGAGUUGGAGGGUGCUAGUGGGGUGAUACAGAGACGCACCUCUCACUGAGAGCUGGAGUGAGCUAGUGGGGUGAUACAGAGACGCACCUCUCACUGAGAGUUGGAGUGUGCUAGUGGGGUGAUACAGAGACGCACUACUCACUGGGAGUUGGAGUGUGCUAGUGGGGUGAUACAGAGACGCACCUCUCACUGUGAGUUGGAGUGUGCUAGUGGGGUGAUACAGAGACGCACCACUCACUGGGAGUUGGAGUGUGCUAGUGGGGUGAUACAGAGACGCACCACUCAUUGGGAGUUGGAGUGUGCUAGUGGGCUGAUACAGAGACGCACUACUCACUGGGAGUUGGAGUGUGCUAGUGGGGUGAUACAGAGACGCACCUCUCACUGAGAGUUGGAGUGUGCUAGUGGGGUGAUACAGAGACGCACUACUCACUGAGAGUUGGAGUGUGCUAGUGGGGUGAUACAGAGACGCACCACUCACUGGGAGUUGGAGUGUGCUAGUGGGGUGAUACAGAGACGCACCUCUCACUGAGAGUUGGAGUGUGCUAGUGGGGUGAUACAGAGACGCACUACUCACUGGGAGUUGGAGUGUGCUAGUGGGGUGAUACAGAGACGCACCUCUCACUGAGAGUUGGAGUGUGCUAGUGGGGUGAUACAGAGACGCACUACUCACUGGGAGUUGGAGUGUGCUAGUGGGGUGAUACAGAGACGCACCACUCACUGUGAGUUGGAGUGUGCUAGUGGGGUGAUACAGAGACGCACCACUCACUGGGAGUUGGAGUGUGCUAGUGGGGUGAUACAGAGACGCACCACUCACUGAGAGUUGGAGUGUGCUAGUGGGGUGAUACAGAGACGCACCACUCACUGAGAGUUGGAGUGUGCUAGUGGGGUGAUACAGAGACGCGCCACUCACUGGGAGUUGGAGUGUGCUAGUGGGGUGAUACAGAGACGCACCUCUCACUGAGAGUUGGAGUGUGCUAGUGGGGUGAUACAGAGACGCACCACUCACUGGGAGUUGGAGUGUGCUAGUGGGGUGAUACAGCAAAACGCAAAAAGUCGCAUGCAUGAACGUGUGUGGUUGGGGUGCUGGCUGUGGAGCUGGUUGGGGAGCCGACUGAUUUGGUAGGUUGGGAAUCUGGCUGACUUAGUUGGUUGGGGGCCUGACCAACUUAUUUGUUUGUUUUGCUCGUGAUUGCAGAGGCUAAACCGGCAUGGCUUUUUGACGCAGGAGAUCGACAUUUUCUGACGUAGAGAGUUAGGGAUUAGAUUCAGAUCGAAUGACGUCAAUUUGAUUUACCCCCCCCCCCCACCAAGUCUUGGUCAACAGGCUUAUCAUUUAAAUAAAAGGAUGUUCUGUCAGACGUUUCUAACCUCUACAGAUUGAAUCACUGCCCGAGGUCCCUAAACGCUGGGAUAUGCGAACCACCCACUCGAUACCACACAAAGACCUCAGGGAAACAGUCGCAAGUCCGACCACAAAUCCGACCAUAAGCCAUGCCGACCCUCGGACGGCUGAGUCCAGUGAAAUUGUAUCGGAUAAGGGAUCUGACCUUGACAAGUUCUCUGACCCGGAAACGAUUUUACGAAUGGAAAGACAGGUAUUUAGCAAUGAGUGAUUAUUAGAUCUUUUAAAUAUAUGUUGCUUCUGGUGUGGCUGCUUCAUUUUAACAACCGGCCUUCGACCUACUCAAACCGUUUUAUAUUAAUGGUACUGAGGGAAUCAAUAAAGAGCCACGGCCAUGGCGUAGGACUGUCUGUAGGACAAUCGUUUAAACACUGGCAGUUAGGGUGUAGGACUGCCUGUAGGCCAACAGUUUAAAGGCCGGCAGGUAGGGUGCAGGACUGCCUGUAAGCCUAUUGUUUUAAGGCCGACAUCCAGGAUGUAGGACUGCCUGUAAGCCUAUUGUUUUAAGACUGACAGGUAGGAUGUAGGACUAUCUUUAAACCAUAUUGUUUUAAGGCCGACAUCCAGGAUGUAGGACUGCCUGUAAGCCUAUAAGUUAACUCUUUUUUUUUUUUUGUAACACUUGGAUCAACCCGGGUAUUUUCUCAUCAUGCCCGGACACGGUGUAAACAACUGCACCCGGUUAAGCCCCUAGUGUGUAGUACAUUAUAUUUGAAUAACAGUUCUUGUAUUCGCCAUUUCCUUGUUCUUUUAAGCUCUGACAUUUUCCAAUAACUAUUUAACAACUGAUGUUUUUGUACAUGGGUGAAAUGCAUGGCAUUAUUGUUUGGAUGUGGGGCUUUUUUUGUGGUUUAACUAAUGGGGGAGUGGGUUUUAGGAAUUUUUCAUGGAUGGGGGAAAAUCUAUAAAUGACGUUACACACAUUUUUUUUUCUUCUUUCAAGUUGCCAGAAAAUUACAACACUAAUUGUAACACGAAUAAGACACUUUAAAAACACGACUUCACAAAUUCGUUGAUUCCCCCUCUACCAACUCCCUCCUUCCCCGCCCCCUCCCCACUCCGCUGCGUGACGUCGUUUAUGAAUGGCCCCUUGACUGAGUGGGCAUCUAACACUAGUAACUGGUAGAUUCUCUUCCCAACGAAUAUGCCCCCCCCCCCUCCCCCACGCCCCACCAGACCAUCGUCGCCGCAGCCCAUCUUUUGGAAUGUUGAUACAUGCCCCCUUCCCCAAAGACAUUGGACAUCCUCAACGAGCUUCGCGAACGUUCCCUACUCGCCCAAUGUGUGACUAUGAGAAUCACAUUGGGUUUUUAAAAAAAAAUAAAGAUUACUGAUAUUAACUUAUAAAAUGAACAGUGCCAAUAACUCCUUUCAAGUUGAAAUGUUGUACGCCCCUGUGUGUAAGAUUUGAUAGACAAAUAGCACAGUUAAAAAUACAAUUAUUGUAUAGUAAUUGUUUUAACAUAACAUAUAGCGGGCAUAUAGGGUUCAGUAGUGUAGUGGUUAUCACGCUCGCCUCACACGCGAGAGGUCCUGGGUUCAAUCCCCAGCUGAACCAUAUUUAAUUUUUUUUAUGAUUGGACAUUUUCCCGAAAAUAGUUUGACACUUGCAAAAAAGUAGCUUUUACUUUCCUUAACGUUAAAUAUCGCAGUAAUGCAUACAAAACUUUCUUAUUUUAAAUAUCGGAGAAUGGUUUCUCACCCUCCAACCCUAAUUAUGAAUAGAUAUUAGUUUGAAUAAUAAGUGAUUCGCUAAACAAUGUUUGUUUCUUUGACGUUAAAACAUCUCAGUAAUGCAUUUCCAAUCUUUCACAGAUGACGUCCCAAAAGUUUACCACCAAGCAGAGGAAUUUCUCACGGAACAAUCCUGUAAAUAACAUGCUCCAUUGCAAUUUAUCCUGGAGCUCAUCUCCGCAUGAUGAUCCCAGGGCGUUGUCGCUAGAAAGAACGCACCCUGCUAUCAGCAGACGACAGCCGAGCCUCGACACCGACACCGGCCACCACACCGAAAAUGAAAAUGAAAUCGCACACAAAAACCACCAUCUUGAAAACUUCAGCACCGCUGUCGUUGAAAAUUUAACAGAUCCCGAGUCCAGACGCCGAAUGAAUCCAGCGCGUACGUCCCGUCGCCCCGGUGCUGGUACGUCAUAUCCUUCCGAGGAUCUGUCACAUCAUCCCGGGUACUCUAACGUUAUAAAUAUCAAACACCCCAGAAGUGAGAGACGCAUGGCCAGGCGUCACGUGGACACUUGUGUUGUAAAACAUUUUCAUCGUGUGUCAUUUUCAACUAAGAAUAUCGGGCCGAGCAGCAAGAACAGCGUUGGUUCAAGGAAUAUGAGACUUGGGGAAAUUCUCAAGAGCAACAAGGCUGCACCGAGCCCAAACGGAAAUGGAAAAUUCGCGCGACGUGUUCUCGGGAUGAGCACGUGGCCGGACGAGAGUAGCGCUGGUCCCGAGAACAGAGAUGGCGCCUCGACGGAGGAUGAUGGUGGCGACAACGAGGACGAAAUGUGGCUGAACGUGGUGAACACUCCACUUGUGGAUAAAAGAAUUUACGACCGCUACGCGAAUGUCAAACUGUUGCCUAUAAAAAAAUAAAACAAAAUGUCAAAUCCUCAAGGAUUUUCCGCAAUCUGGUGAAUAUAAUGGUGGAAUCAAAUUGAGUUAUUCCAUCUGGUGAAUGUAAUGGUGAAUUAAAAUAAUUUAUUCCAUCU